UGAAUUUCCCAUCUGAAAGGGGAGCGGUGGCACGUCAGGGCCUGGCUGAGGGGCCUGAUUGGAGGGCGUCUCUGGCAGCAGCGGCAGCGGCCCCAGCUCGCCAGGCGGAGUUGCACGCGGCGGCGAAGCGGCGGGAGCUGGAACGGCAGAAGCAGCCGCCUCGCCGAGUCCGGCCGGAGCCCCGCAGUGGCUCAGACGGUAGCGGGACCGCCAGGUUGGCAAAUCUCCCAGCCGGCCUGCCAGGAGCACUGCAUGUGAAUUCAGCUGUGGGCUAGGGCGCACUAACCUGAGUCACAGCCAUGGACUUCGUCAUGAAGCAGGCCCUCGGAGGGGCCACCAAGGACAUGGGGAAGAUGCUGGGCGGCGAGGAGGAGAAGGACCCAGACGCACAGAAGAAGGAGGAGGAGCGUCAGGAGGCGCUGCGGCAGCAGGAGGAGGAGCGCAAGGCUAAGCAUGCGCGCAUGGAGGCCGAGCGUGAGAAGGUCCGGCAGCAGAUCCGAGACAAGUACGGGCUGAAGAAGAAGGAAGAGAAGGAGGCUGAGGAGAAGGCAGCCCUGGAGCAGCCCUGCGAGGGGAGCCUGACGCGGCCCAAGAAGGCCAUCCCCGCGGGCUGCGGGGAUGAGGAGGAGGAGGAGGAGGAGAGCAUCCUGGACACGGUGCUCAAAUACCUGCCCGGGCCGCUGCAGGACAUGUUCAAGAAGUAACCAGCCCUCCUUCCUGCCCACCCCCACUCCACCUGUUACUAUUUUUCUUUCUUCCGUUCUUUCUUUUCUUUUGAUUCAGUUGAAGUCUCAGUUCUGACAGGGAAAACCUCAGUUGGCCUCUGCCCACCUGUCCCUGGCGAGGGGCUCAUCUCCUUAGCACUCCCACACACACCCUUCAUCCCGGGGUAUCCCACCCCCACCGCACUCCCACGUUUCUUGGAAAAGGGAAGACAGCUAUUCCCCAGCGGGGGCAUUCUAUCCAGUGUGGGAGGCGCUGGGGCCCCCUUCUAGAAGCCUAAGGUCCAUGCUAGUGUGGUAACCCCCAUACAUUCCUUCAUGCACCCCACUGCCAGGAGGACCACUGUCCCCAGCCAGCCAAAGUAAUGACACAUUCCGGCCCUGCCCAGCAUGCUGACCUUUGGCCUCCGACCCCCAGUGGGCUCCAGGUCAGGGCAGGGGUUCUGGGUUGUCUCGCUCUGAAGAAGGGAGUCAGGGUAAGCCUGCCCUGGGAGGGCCCAGGCUAAGAGGCCCCUCUUUUCUGGGAAGGAGGCUGAGGCUCUCCUCCUACACGCCCCCUGGUGACACGCAGGAGUACCCCUGGGUGUACCCCUGCCCCAACCGCCACCUGCAAAGGUAUACCCCCUACAAAGCCAGUCCCUCCAAAUGGAUCCUCUUUGGACUAUAACUCAUCUGUGGAGGGGCCCAGGGUAGGGUAGCUCCUUGUUCCCCCACCCUCCACUUAGCUCUGGGGGGCCCACUGCCAGUCUGGGCCCAGCUUGCCCAGACAAGGGGCUGCCCAGGCCCCCCAGAAAACACUUGGAGCCAUUGGGCAGCGAUGGCCUAUGCCAUGGGACACCCCCCCAUUGGUGCAGCCAAGCUGCCCCCAUUCCUAUCCACCGCUCAUUCCCACCGCCCUGUCCUAUGUGCUUCCAGGACCCCAUGGUCCCCUGGAGGACCCCUCCUGGCUGAAGCCCCAAGCCUCUGGGGAAAAGCCAGUCCCCACUUGACAGAAGGCAUCUGUCCAUUCAUGUCAUCGGCCAAGAACAACUCUCCUCUGGGAUGUGGGAGACUGGUGUUUAUUCCUCCAGCCACAGAGGUCAAGGCCUCCUGCUCAGUCCGUUUUGUGAGAACUGAGGGCCAUGGAGCAAUGAGAGAGGAAACUGUGUCCAUGCAUGCAUCUGUAUGCAUGGCAGAGACCGCAUCAGCAAUGAUGUGUCCAGAGGCUGUACAUAUAGGUGUAUGGCGAGAGAGAGAGAGAGAGAGAGAGAGAGAGAGAGAGAGAGAGAGAGAGAGAGAGAGAGAGUCUUGAGGUUGUGAGUAUGUGUUAGUCAUCAAGACCUUGCGGUGUUAGAGAUUGUGUAUGUUAGGCAGCUUGUGUAUGUGUGUUUGAGGUAGUACGUAUGAGUUGAUAUUGUGCCCUAUGUGUGUACUAACCAUCUCAUGUGUGUGGGAGAGCUUGCAUGUGUGAACUUGUAUUUGCAUGUGUUUUCAAAGCAUCAUGUAUGUUAGGAGUGAUGGGUGUGUAUUAGAUGUUGUAGAGAUGUGCUAAGACUGUUAUGUGCAUGUAUGUAGCUCUGAAAAGGCAGGUGUAUGCAGAACAGGCUCUUGGAGAGAAAAAAUAUGGUUAAGACGCCUCCUCUUGGCCCCAAAACCAUUGGCCACAAAUAGCCACAUCCAACAGGAGACCUUGUCCUUGGCCCAGAGUCCUUCCACCUUUGGGGGUUCCUGCCUGCGGUCUUCACAAGCCCCUGGGACAGAUCCAGGCAGUGCCCCAAGAAGCCAUGCUGGGCCCCAGCCAGGGCCUGCCCCCAAAGCUGGGGCUAGGGAGGGGGCGACUUGCCUGCCCCUGAUGCCCCUGCCCCAUUGGCCCCAGUUUGCAUUCUGCAGGUUUUCCAUUUUAGUGGAUUUAUGCUUUUAUUUCAGAGAGAGACAUGUGUCUUCUCUGUCCAUUUCCAAUAGUUAAAGCCAUAUCAGUUAGACUGCAAUACUUUAGAGAUGAGACAAAAUAACCCAUACGUUUAGGGAACCAGAAAAGCACCCUGGUCUGUCCCUUCUCGGGGAGCAGGGCCUCAGCAGCGCCAGCUCCCUGGACCUGCCCUUCUCCCUCACCCCCGCCCCUUCCCUGUGCCCACGCCCUGCCCCGCACGGGGCCUGUCUCUGUAUCUGUGCCUGUGUCCGUGAUGGGGAGCCACCUUGCACCCCUAUUGUCUGCUUGUCUGAGUUUGUCUAUUAUCCUGGGCAGGAUGGUCAUUCUCUAGGGCCCCGGGGUCCUGAGGCAGAGAGAGGCAGGGCCCAGUCCAUUGGCUGGGCCUCCGCACACCCUGCGUGUGAGGCCCACUGGACAUGGGGCAGUUCCUUCAGAAAGGUCUCCCCCUUGACUGGGACCCACUGGUCUGGAAGAUGGGGCCAGGGCACAGAUCAUGCUAAAUGGACAGUGGAGGCCGAGGCCUGGGAGCUUCAGCUGAGCAGGGAAUCCAGGCGUACAAGGUAGUUCAGGAGAGCCUGAGGGACCCCAGAGCCCCAGAGGGCAUCCUGGCGGUCCCUGAAGCCCUCUGCACCCCCAGAGUGGGCUCAGGGCUUUUCCCACAGGAGAGUGCCCUCCAGGCUGGCUGGCUUAGUCUGGGAUACCUCCCAGACUCUCCGGAUCCUACAGCCUGGCCCCAGCAGCAGGACUGGAGGCCUCUGGGAGGUGGGCACCAGGAGAGAAUGUCAGCCUGGGGCACACCUGGCUCUAACCACUGCCAGGUGACCACACUCAGGUCCAGGAGAACAUGAUGACUAUCAUUCCUGACAGACUUGACUCUGGAGAGCAGCCCACAUGCAGCACACGCUUGAGGAGACAAAACGUGUGUCGGGGGGAGGCUGCAGCAGGGCAGGGAUAAUCACAUGAUGUGCCUGGGGCAGGAGAUGUGUGUGUCCCACGGGAUGGGAGGGGAUGAGUGUGUUGCAACAAAUGGGUCAACGUGCAUGUGACAGACUUGGGAGGCUGGGUGGGGAGGGAGAGGCCCCAGAAUUCAGCGCGCGCGCGCACACACACACACACACACACACACACACACACACACAGUAUACUUAGCAGACACCCCCCAGCUAGGGAUAUAGGAAGAGCAAUCAUAAGUGGUGAGAACAGAACCAGAUGCAGGAGAAUGCGCACUGCCCGGGGUGGGUGUGUGUGCUUCCUGAGGAAGGCCACUGACAGGCGUGGGCCUGUACGGCCGCCGCCAGAGAGAAGGGACUGGGCCUCUCUGGGUUUGUCCAUUAGGCACCUGAGACAGGCAAGGAUGUGGGCAUCCUCCACUCCAGUCCAGAAGGUCCUGGAGGGUGUUCUUACCAGCAAAGCCAUAUGGGGUCUCCUCCAAACACAAGCAGGAAGUCAAGAGACCCUCCCAGGUGUGUGUGUGAUAGAGAGAUGGCAGACAGAUGGAUGGAUGGAUGGAUGGAUGGAUGGAUGGAUGGAUGGGUGGAUGGAUAGAUAGGCAGGCAGACAGAUAGAUAAAAGGGGAAAAAGGGGCAAGAGAGACAGAGAACAGAAGUAUAUCAGUCCAGGGCCCUCAUGUGGGCAGAGAAGCCACCCAAAAGUUGGUGGUUAGAGUGUAAUGAGACAGACACCAAGCCCCAGGAGCCCCCGCACCCAGCUGGCAGGGUUGCUGUCCCCACCACCCAGUCGCUCCAUCCUUCUAGGAUCCCACGGGCGCUUGACUGCACAAGGGGACUGGGGUCUGACUGGCUCCGAUGAGGGGACGUCUCCCGGGCCUAACGAUUUGCCUCCCCCCACGUGUCCCCUGCUCCCCUCUCCGCCCCUCUUCGCGGUGAGGAGAGGGGAGGUGCUCGUGCUGGUCCCGGGUGCAGGCGGGGGUCCUGGCGAGGCCCUGGUGAGGAUGACCAUCCUGCCCGCGCGGGGGUACCCUUUUCCCAUCUCUGUGCUGUGUCUUUGUUGCUCUGCUUCCUUUAAAUGUGUCAGUGCCUGGGGGAGGGGAGGGGCACCCCUAUGCCCCCCUGAACCUGACCAAAAGCCAUGGCUGUUGCUCCCCCUUUGUAUGACGCAGACGCUAAGAUGUACCAACCCAACCAUGACAACAAAGAAAAGACCUUGUACAGCA